GGACGCAGGAGUUGGCCCGCGUUGCGUUUGAGAGCGACAGAGACAGCUGGGGACAUUCACGCCCGCGUCCGUUGACGGAGAGAAAGUUGUCCAUAUGUAUCCUCCUAAAGGAGAUCGCGAUAGGACGCGAGGGGAGGCAGCUUUAGCCAAUGCGUCGAGGAUGGGAGGUGAUGUUGAGCAGGGGUCGCACGAGACUGGGUUCGCACCCCCAGAGGACCCACGCAGAGAGGAUAGCACCGACUACGAGGUGGAGGAGGACGUCGCGGGGGACGUUGAUGUUAUGGGGGCGGAGGCGCCAGUUCAGGCUGAUCUGAUGCACACGUUUGGGGGGCCAGAUGGUGCACAGGUCGAUAGCGAGGUUAUACCCAGAGAGGACGUGGGAGACGGGCAUGACGGAGACAGACAGGAGAUGCCGCAAACUUUGGUGGUUCGCACGACUGUGGGGCCGGUGGUGCCACAUCAGGCACCGUUUCUGGUGGAUCCUGGGCGUCGUGCACAUGGCGGUAGCCCGAUCGUGGAGCGACGAGUCGGCAGGGGCACGUGCGCACCUCCGGUCCCUACUUUUGCGCCAUCACGGGAGAGGCCGCAGAUUAGGUAUGUGGCCGUGCCUCGCGGCAGUCUCCCAUUUGGAUGUAUGACUGCUGAGGAGUUAGAGGCGCACGCCGGGGUGGAUUUGACCGAGACCGACAGGCGGUGCUUCAGGAGGCCUCCGUCGGCGGGGCGUCUGCCUCACGUGCAGGACUUGUCUUGGGGGCCAGCUAGCCCUAGCUUACCUUCAGGAGGUUCUGUCGCGGCGCCCUCUCACGACGCAGCAGGGCCAUCCUCCUCACCAGCGACCGUAGUUGCGGAAGAAAGCGGCAGUCUCACCCCGAGGUCGGAUGCCCGUAGAUGGAGAGACACUACCGACCAUGCGCGGGUGUCAGAGGACAACAUGUUGUUCGGUCACACUGAUCGACCAUGGAGUGAGACGAGACGGAUGACGACGGCGAGUGCCGCUUGGCAGCCAGGUUUGAGAGAGGUUUCCACGACCGGGAGUCGUCGUGAUGUUGUGGUGUCGGGGUUCGGCAGUAGGGUCGGUGAUAGUGGUGGCAUGCCUGUCAGACGUGAGGGCGCAAGCGGUGCCGCGGCGGGCGGAGCAGAUCUGCCGUUGACGUACGGUUUGGGAGAGGCAUCUAUUAUUUUACAGGAGCCAGAGGUUGUUACACGAGUCAGGCAGGCCCGACACGUGCCCUUAGAUCGACGCCAGGAGGGGGAGACUUCAGGGGCAGACGGUCUUCCUAUGCGUCGUGAUUCCCGCCGACAUGUUGAUCUGGCAGCCGCAGGUAUAACCGGAACAAUCGGAGGCAGGAGAGUUAUUAUGGACGACGACCCCGACGAGGCUCCCAAGCCUUCCACUGCCGGACGCGGCGGGCAGCGGCAGAGAGGUCGAGCACGUGGCACUGGCCGCUCACACGGACAAGGUUCUCAUUGGUCUAGGCAGGAUUCGCAUGCAGACGACGAUCAUUGAUGGUCUACGGACUUGCGAUUUCGCGGCCCGGUCUCAGUGUAGU